AUGGCCCCCGAAAUCGAGUACUACUUCUCCUUCAUCUCGCUUUGGUCCUAUGUUGGCAGUCGCCGCUUUCAGCGACUUGUCCACGACCAUGGUGGUCAAGUGAUCUUCAAACCUGUCGAUCUGAUGCACAUUUUCUCCGUCUCGGGCGGCCUACCCGUCAAACAGCGCUCGACGCAACGUCAAGCGUACCGACUGUUGGAAAUGGAACGUUGGCGGCGCAUCCACGACAUCCCCAUCGUGACGCAUCCGAAAUUCUACCCAGCCGAUCCCUCCCUGGCGCAUCGGGUUCUCCUAGCAGCCAUCGCGGAGCUGGGACAUGAUCAUGCGUCCGUCCACGAGUACGCUCGCAAGGGCUUAGAGGCCGUCUGGGCGCGGGAACUUAAUAUCGCCGACGAGAGCACCAUUUCUCUGCUUGCCGACGAAGCGGGACUCGAUGGGAGGCGAUUGCUGGACCGUGCGAAGGGGGAGACCCACUGGGCAGAACAGGAAACCGCACUGACGCAGGAGGCAGAGGACCGACAGCUCUUCGGGGCGCCACUCUACUUUUAUCAGGGCGAGGCCUUCUGGGGCCAGGACCGACUUGAGAUGCUAGACGAGGUUAUUCGCAGUGGCAGGGGGCCGAUUGUUAUUUCGGAUCCAGAAUGA